AUGUCAAAUGGGGAGUUUUCAUCUGUUAAUUUAAAUGGUGCAUCAUUUGAUGGAGCACGAUUAGAUAAAGUGAAAUUUGAUGGAUCAUCUUUACUUUGUGUUAGUUUUAAUGGUGCAAAUCUGGCAGGUGCACACUUUUCAAACAGUGAUUUGUCAGGAGCUAAAAUAACGGAAGAUCAAAUAAACCAGGCAUCUUUUCACAAUGUAACUAUGCCAAACGGAAAGAACAGCGAAAUCAUAUCCUCAAUGACAACAAAAAAACCUGUAACACAAAUAACAACAAAAAUGUCAACAACAACAUCACCAACAUCAACGCCAUCAACAACUACAACAACAAUGUCAUCAUCAACAACGACAACAGCAACAACAACAUCAUCAUCAUCAUCAUCAUCAUCAACAACAACAACUUCAACUUCAACUACAACAUCAUCAACAUCAACUUCAACUUCAACUUCAACAACAUCAACUUCAACAACAUCAACAUCAACAUCAACUACAACUUCAACAACAUCAUCAAUAGCAGCAGCAAUAGAAGCAACAUCGUCAACAUCAGUAGCAAUAGACGCAACAUCAGCGGCAACAAACAUUACCUACAACCUUUUUCUUAAUGAAACUACUUACUCAGUUGGCACUAAACCAGAAGCAGUAGCAGUCGUCGACGUGAAUACCGACAACAAACCCGAUAUUGUUGUUGCAAACUCUAAUUCGGACAACGUCAGUGUUCUUCUCAACGCAGGCAAUGGUACCUUUAAUACUUCAGCGACUUACUCAGUUGGCUCAUCACCAUACUCAGUAGCAGUCGUCGAUGUGAAUGGCGAUAACAAAUCCGAUAUUAUUGUUGCAAAUUAUGGUUCAAACAACGUCGGUGUUCUUCUCAACGCAGGUAGUGGAACCUUUAAUGCGCAAACUACUUACUCGGUCAGCUUCAAUCCGUAUUCGAUAGCUGUUGUCGAUGUGAAUAGUCACAAUAAACGUGAUAUUAUUGUUGCAAACUCUGGCUCGAACAAUGUCGGUGUUCUUCUCAAUGCAGGCAGUGGCACCUUUAAUAUUCAAAUUACUUACGCAGUUAGUUCUGUUGGCACUUUUCCAUGGUCAGUAGCAGUCACCGAUGUGAAUAGUGACAAUCGGCCUGAUAUUAUUGUUACAAACUCUGAUUCGAACGACGUCAAUGUUCUUCUCAAUGCAGGCAGUGGCGCCUUUAAUAUUCAAAUUACUUACGCAGUUAGCUCUUCUCCAUCAUCAGUAGCAGUCAUCGAUGUGAAUAACGAUAAUAAACCCGAUAUUAUUGUUGCAAAAUCUGCUUCGAGCAACAUCGGUGUUCUCUUACAUUGUUAA